UAGACAUGAAGUCAUAUAAAAGUUGUUGGGCAGGGGCUAGUUCCUGAAUGUCAAGUGUUUGUGAAAUUGUGGUGUUGCCCAAGACCAGAUUUUCUUUUAUUAAUUUUUUGUUCUUCUGUUAAAGAGAGGUUGCAUCAAGCCUGUAAGGAUUUGGCCUCCUCUGAAGAUAUAAUAUGGAAAAACAGCAUUUUCUUUUCCUUUUAAUAAUAGGUCUGCUGAGCUUACCACUACUUACAGAAUGUGAGAAAAUUAGGCUGGUUGGGCCUUCACGUUGCGCUGGCAGAGUGGAGAUCAAUCACCAGGACAGCUGGGGCACCAUUUGUGAUGAUCACUGGAGCAUUGCCAACGCUGAGGUGGUGUGCCGAGAGUUAAAUUGUGGCACAGUCAUGGAGGCCAAAAAAGGUGCGUUCUUUGGAGAAGGCAGGGACGAGAUCUGGUUGGAUGACGUGCAGUGCACUGGGCAAGAGACCUCCAUCAUCAAGUGCCCACACAAGCCUUUCGGGAAUAAUAAUUGUGGGCAUAGUGAAGAUGCUGGGGUUGUAUGCUCAGAACAUGUUCGGAUCGUCAACGGAACCGAUCGUUGUAACGGCAGAGUGGAGCUCUUCCAUGACGGCCAGUGGAAACGAGUGUGCAGCAGUGACUGGGGUAAGGAAGCAGCUGACGUGGUGUGCUUGGAGAUCAGUUGUGGGUCGCCUGUUGUUCAGUCUGCAACACAAUACUUUGGAGAGGGGAAGGGCCUGUAUGGUAUCAAAGCCAACUGUGCUGGGAAUGAGACCUCCAUCUCUAAGUGCAUGCUACAAGAAUUCAGAGAAACCUGCAUUGAUGCUACCAUCACCUGCACGAACAGCAAGCCAAUCCGGCUUAUAAAUGGGACAAAUCGGUGUUCUGGUCGAGUAGAAGUUUAUUAUGAGGGACAGUGGGGAACCGUUUGUGAUGACAAAUGGGGUAUGCAAGAAGCAGCUGUAACGUGCCGAGCGAUGAACUGUGGGAACGCUCUUACAGUCAAGUACAAGGCAUUCUUUGGCAGGGGACAUGAUCAGGUCUGGUUGGAUGAUAUUGACUGCACUGGUCAUGAGAAGUCCCUAUCUGAAUGCCCACAUAGAGGUUUUGGAGAGCAUGACUGUGACCACCAUGAAGAUGCUGGUGUUGUGUGCUCAGAGACUGUGAGACUGAUUAAUGGGACCGACAGGUGUUCUGGCAGAGUGGAGGUCUUCCACAAUGGUCGCUGGGGAAAGAUCUGCAGUAACAGUUGGAGUCCUACAGAUGCUGCAGUUCUCUGUAAAGAACUCAGUUGUGGAACACCAAAGAAAUCCCAAGAAGUCUUCACUUUUGGCGACAGCACGCUGGCAGGGUUUAUUAGUAGAUGCUCUGGUAAUGUGAGCUCUAUCAGCCAGUGUGUGGUGGACGAACAUGUCGGGAGAUGUGAUGGUGUCUCUGUUGCAUGUACAGGUAGUCCACCACUUAGGGUUGUUAAUGGUACUGACCGAUGCUCUGGCAGAGUGGAGGUUCUGCAUGAUGGCCAGUGGGGAACAGUGUGUGAUGAUGACUGGGACCUCAAAGAUGCUCAGGUUGUGUGCAUUGCCUUGGACUGUGGAACCGCUCAGACAGCUAAAACAGCGGCCUACUUCGGCCAAGGCCAAGGAAACAUCUGGCUAGAUGAUGUCAAUUGCUUUGGCAAUGAGUCAUCCCUUUUGCAUUGCCUACGUCCUCCUUUCGGAGUAAAUAACUGUGGCCAUGGGGAAGAUGCUGGGGUGAUUUGUUCAGCUAACCUUAGAUUGAUCAAUGGCACUGACAUGUGCUCUGGCAGGCUCGAAGUCUACCAUGGUGGCCACUGGUCACCGAUAUUCAAUGUCAACUUUGGUAUGGGUGAAGCUUCAGUGGUGUGCAGAGAGAUGAAUUGUGGAGAUGCUGUAAAGGCUUCAGGAUCAUUUGGUCAAGGCCAAGAGCUCAGAGGCUUAAAGAUUACUUGUAGUGGCACAGAGCACUCUGUCACUCAGUGCACACUGAGAGAGUAUACCAGAACCAGAAAUGAUCGUAUUGAAGAGGCAUCCAUCCAAUGCUCUGGAAUUGUGAAGUUAGCUGAUGGGCCCCAUCACUGUGUUGGAAGAGUGGAGUUUUAUGAUAAAGGCCAGUGGGGAACUGUGUGUGGGGAGUCCUGGGACAUAAAUGAUGCAAUGGUGGUGUGCAAACAGCUGAACUGUGGGAGGGCUCAUAAAAUUACCAGAAUGUCUGAGUAUGGCCGUGGCACAGGACAGACAUGGAUUGAACAAAUUGAAUGCAGUGGAAGGGAGUCUACACUCUCUCAAUGCCAACAAAGACCGUUUAGAGACAAAACCUGCAACACAACUGCUAUAGCUGGUGUGAUUUGCACAGGGAGUUUGGAGGUCCGGUUGGCUAAUGGCAAGGACGAGUGCUCUGGAAGAGUUGAGGUCCGUCAUGGUGAAACGUGGCAAACAGUUUGUGAUGCAGCCUGGACAGAAAGUAAGGCAGAGGUGGCAUGUCAGUUGCUGGAGUGUGGUCAUGCUUUGAAUGCUCCUGGUGGUGCCAUUUUUGGUCAAGGCAAUGGAACUGUGGUGGAGAGCAAUUCAUGUUUCAACAACUUGACUUCUCUUCAAAAAUGCUCAGUGAAUGGUUUCAGAAGAUCAACGUGUGGACAUGGGCAGGAUGCUGGAGUAAUGUGUGCAGCCCAGCUGCGGUUGAUUGGUGGCUCAGGCCAGUGCUCUGGCAGAGUGGAGAUCUUCUACAAAGGCCAAUGGGGUACCGUGUGUGAUGAUGACUGGGAAAUCAAGAAUGCUGAUGUGGUGUGUAGACAGCUUGGCUGUGGUCAUGCUGUCUCUGCCCCCACCAGUGCUCAUUUUGGUAGAGGCUCCGGUCCAAUAUGGAUGGAUAAUGUUGAUUGUACAGGCCAAGAAGCUGCUCUUACACACUGUAGACACCGGGGCUUUGGAGAAAAUAACUGUGGACAUGGUGAAGAUGCCAGUGUCAUCUGUUUAGGUGAUCUACAAAAGCCCCAAAUUACUUUAAGUCCUUCUACAGAUGUACACUGGGGUGAAAAAGUGGAAAUCACAUGCACUGUGGCAACAGAACAUUUGGGUGGGACAUUUGUGCUAAAAAAGACUCAGGGGUCAUUUUCUAAGGAAAAAUUCUCAGACCAUGAAGCGGCAACCUUUGUCUUCCCUCAAGCAGACUUCUUCCUAAAUGGGUCGUACUUCUGUGAAUAUCAUAAGAAACUGCCAGAACAAAUCAUCUAUUAUCCUCAAGGAAAUACUGUUGAUCUCACUGUUAAAGUGAAUUUAGAGAAACCCGACAUCUCUCUAACAUCUGGUCAUGUUUUGGUGAUCUACAGUCCUGUCAAAGUAUCCAUCACCAAAGGAAGUGACUUCUCCAUAACCUGUUCCACUUAUUCCAGAUAUCCUGGAGGCAUUUUCUACCUGACCAGGUCUGACAAAAACAUUACUCAGAUGAAACCAGCGAUUGGCCACACCGUCUUCUACCUGGCGUACUUUGAAUUCGCAGAAAUAGAUUUUAAAGAUCAAGCAGAGUAUUCUUGUCUCUACGCUGUUAACAUCUCAUCAGUUUCAUUCUGUUCCAUUCCCUCCAAGUCACUCCAAGUCACUGUACUCGCAACCACAUCCUCAUCAGUUGUCGCAGGUGUUGUGAGUGUAUUGGUGAUACUGCUUUUUAUAUUGGUCAUCGGUUUCUUUGUUUGGAGAAAGAAAUGGCGAGGUGCUGGUGUCAUGGUUCUGUUUAGCAACAGGUUGGAACCCAAAAAACAAGAUACGGAUGACAGAAGCAAUGGGACACCUGAUGAAAGGGAACGCACUAACCAGUUGUAUGAAAGAGGACAACACACUGACAGAAUAAAAGCAAUGAGCACCAAUCCUGAUUCUGAGAGCAUUGUAGAGAAAGCCCCAGAAGACUUGGCAGGAAGAGUUUGUUACGAGCUUGACCCACUGGUUGAUUCUUGAUAGACAUGGCCCUAGCUGUAACUAGCAGCAACUUCCAACAAAGGCCUACUGUCUUUUUUUCAAAGCAACACAACAUCAAGCUGAAUGGCAGUGUUUCACUUCUUUCAAUACCUGUGAAAACACCAAAAGUAACGUCUUCAUGUUCUGAGACUUCAUGGUGUAAGCUUCUGCAUCAGAGCACGGAACUAUAAGAGAGACAAACAUCGGACUUAUGAUGGUGUAUAGUAGCUGCUUAUAUGUUCUAUAGGCAAUCGUGAACUUUGUUGUGUUCUUACUUUUCUGAAAAGUAAUUGUUUUUCAUUUUUAUUUUUAUUUUACAAUGGAAUAAUGGAUGCCUUGUCAUUUGAUUUAAGAGACAUUUGCUCAAAGGUAAAAUAUAGUUUAAAUCAUUAAUGCCAUAAAGCUAAUUUAGCUUAAAACAAGUUUUUCCAUACAUAUUGCUGCAGUGAUUUUUAUAGAUAAGGUAAAUCAUAAUGCUAUAGGCUUCAAGGAUUAGCUGAAGGUCUUAAUUACAUUGAAUCAAGAAGACGGAAAAUUGUUUUGGUGUUUCUCAGUGAUUUGCUUUUUAUAAAGUGUGACUGAUUAAUAAAGUUGUAUGUGUUACAAAGUA